AUGCAAUUGCUGGUUCUUGGCUGCACUUUCCUCACGCUGUUAGAACGUGAGGAAAGUACUGCCGAGAACUGGCCGUUGUCAGAGCAGGGAUCGGUACUGAUCAUCAGGGCACUGAUGAUCAGUGCCCUGAUGAUCGGUGCCCAGCAGUGCCACCCACCAGUUCCACCCACAAUGCUGCCCACAAGUGCCCAGCAGUGCCACCCACCUGUGCCCAGCAGUGCCACCCACCUGUGCCACCCACCAGUGCCCAUCAAUGCAGCCCAGCAGUGCCUCCCAGCAGUGCCUCCAGUUAGUGCCCAGCAGUGCCGCUAGUCAGUGCCCAGCAGUGCCGCCACUCAGUGCCACCUAUAGGUG